GGGCCCACAUCCAGCCUCCCGCCCAAACAAUUUCGAAAUCUGAAACAAUCCCAAAUCAAUCAGCCAUUCCCAAAUCUCAAAUCAAAGCGACCAUUCCUCUCGUCUCCCCAAACCCUAACCCUGCAUCGCCGCCCCGCCAUGUCCUCCCGCCUCAAGGACCGCGGCGGCGGUGGCAAGGUCACGGCCACGGCCGCGGCGUCCCGCCCGCUCACCCCGAAGCCCUUCUCCAUCACCUCGUCCGCGCGGCGCCCGACCGCCGCCGGCAAGGAGAACUCCGCGUCCAAGCCCACCUCCGCCGUGCGGCGGUCCACGUCGUCGAUCCCGCGGGCCAGCAGGAUCCCGAGCUCGGUGGAGUCAUCGAAGCUCGUCUCCAGCCUCAGGGCUUCCUUGCUGCCGGGGAGGGCUUCCAUCGGGAGGGACCCCGUGGCGGAGGCGGGCUUGCGGCGGAGUGCGAGUGGUGGGAUCAGGGCUUCUUCUGUAGAGAAAGGGAGGAGGUCGGUGAGUGCUGUUGGAUCCAGGGCUUCAGAGGCCAGGAGAGGGAGUGGUGGUGCUGGCGGUGAUGUCAUUGACAGAAGAAGGGAGGGAUUUGAUGCGAAAGCCAAGGGUUUCGAGGAGGUCAGCAGAAAAAGAGAUGGCUUUGAUGCCAAGGCGAAGCAAACUGAUGAGAUUGGCAGGAAAAGGGAGAGCUUUGAUGCAAAGGCCAAGCAGAUCAUUGGGAAAAGAGAUAGCUUUGGUGUGAAUGUGGCAAAGCAAUGUGAUGAGAUCAAAGGGAAAACAGAGAUCUUUGAUGCUGAUGUGAAGAAGCAAACUGAAGAGAUUGGUGGGAGAAUAGAGGGCUUUGAUUCGAAGGCAAAGGCAGGUGAUGAAAUCAGUAGGAAGAAAGAGGGGCUCGAUAGGAAAUUGGUGAGGGAGAUCCAACCAAAAAAGGCUGAUUCAGUAGAAGCUUCUUCCAAAGCUGCAGCUUCUUCUGCUACCCAGAAGGAUGGUGAGGUAGGCAACGGUUCUGCCAUCCCAGUGUUCACUGUCCAUGUGGUGGACUCAAAUGAUGCCCCUAUCGGAGUGAGAGAACAACAGAAGAGUAAUGAUCAGUAUAACAAACAGGAAGAAAAGGAGAAAUUGGCGGACAAGAUUAGAGUUUUUGAGAAAGCUGCAGCAAGUGGGGAGGGAAGGCCAGCUAAAGUUGUGUCUGCUGUGAACAAGUACCCAAGCAAGCUGCAUGAGAAACUAGCUGCAUUGGAAGGGAGGGUUCAGAAGAUUGCUACUGAGAUCAAGAAAACCAAAGAAAUGCUGGAUGAGAACAACCCAGAUGAGCCAAAGCAGAUAUUGUCUAAUAUCCAGAAGGAAAUAACUGCCAUUGAGAAGGCAAUUUCUCAUGUCAAGGUUGAUAAUAAGAUUCAGCUAGGUACUGCAGAUAGCAGUGACUGUGAGAGUUCUCAGGUUAAAAGGGCUGCAAAAUGCACUGUUGUGAAGCCAGUUGAUCCGAAGCAUGCUGGAAAAGGGGUGAAUACCGAUGAACUGGAGGCGAGGUUCUUUCCACAUCACAAAUUGCUGAGGGAUCGCAGAUCUUCUACUUGUACUCAACAGGAGUCAUCCAUGGAUAUGAAGAAAGAUUCUAAUGGAAAAACAGGACCUUCUGCCUCUGACCCUGAUGAUGAUGAGAACAGUAUAGCCAUGGAGUUUCUGGCUUCUUUAGAUGGUGAAGAGAAUGGCUUCUUUAAGGACCGCCGGGCUAAGAACUUGGAAAAUAAAAUGAUAUCUGAAGUAGCAGAUGCUACCAGCAAGACAUCAAGCCAAGGUAGUUCAAAGAAUCCAGUUGGUCCCAAUCAUGAGGAAAUUGAAUUGCUUGCUACUGAGAAGCCAGAAGAAUUUGAUGAGCAGGAAAACAAGUCCUCAAUGAUGGUACAGGAGGAAACUGAGGAGUCUUCCAAUGAUCAGUUAUCAGGAAUAGGAAAUAAGUCUUCAACAGGAGGAUGGUUUGUUUCUGAGGGUGAAGCUGUUCUUCUUGCUCAUGGAGAUGGCACAUGCUCUUAUUAUGAUAUUGCAAACCAUGAGUUCAAAUCUGAGUACAAGCCUCCCAGCAUGAUAUCAAAUAAUAUGUGGGGUGAUUGCUGGUUGAUUCGCGCCCCAGGUGUAGAUGGAUGUUCCGGUAGAUAUGUUGUUGCUGCAUCAGCUGGCAAUGCGUUGGAGACUGGAUUUUGCAGCUGGGAUUACUAUACCAGAGAAGUAAAAGCAUUUCAUAUUGAUGAGGGGGCUUCUCAUGCUUCUGCUCCAUCCAGGGCUGUUCUUGGGCCUCUCUCUAAUGUAGGUUCAUCAAGAUCUAUCUCUGUGUUGCCAAAUGUAGAAAGACAGCAGUGGUGGUAUAAACCUUGUGGACCUCUCCUGCUUUCCACUGCUAGCAAGCAAAAGAUGGUCACAGCCUAUGAUAUCCGUGAUGGCGAUGUAGUGAUGCAAUGGGAAGUGAGCAAUCCAGUAAUGGAAAUGGAAUACUCCAGCCCGCUACAAUGGCGUAGCAGGGGAAAAGUAGUGAUUGCUGACAGCGAAUCAAUUGGGUUGUGGGAUGUGAAUUCGCUUAACCCAGAACCCUUGUUGUCUGUUGCUUCUUCCGGUAAGAAAGUGUACUGCCUUCAUGUGAAUAACACCGAUGCUGAGGUGGGCGGCGGAGUGCGUCAAAGGGUUAGUUCAUCUGAGGUGGAGGGAAAUGAUGGUGUUUUCAGCACGCAGGAAAAUGUUAAUGUAUUUGAUUUCCGUGUACCUGCUGGCAUCGGUCUUAAAAUUGCAAGACACGGCGGUACAGCAAACUCAAUCUUCUCACGUGGAGACUCGGUAUUUAUUGGCAGCACAGAAAGCAGGCUGCAAAUAAAAGGGAGGCUGAGAUCACGAGUCCAGCAAUACUCACUAAGAAAGGGGAAGCUUGUUGCAACCUAUGAGUUACCAGAGUUCAAUGCUCAUUUCCACCACUCCUCGAUAACUCAAGUAUGGGGCAACUCGAACCUUGUUUUGGCUGCAUGCGGUAUGGGGCUGUUUGCCUUUGACACCUUUAAGGAAGACAUGCAGCCAACUUACAUCUUUGGCCGUGGAAACACCAUUGGAGUAAGAGAAGUAAUUGGCCCUGAUGAUUUAUACUGUCCUACAUUUGAUUACUCAUCAUCAAGGGUUCUUCUUGUCUCAAGAGACCGUCGAGCACAUUGGAGGUACUUGUCGUAGCUAUCUAUGUAUCGAGUGUUCUAUCAAUUUGUCGUGUGUUUGUGUGCAUCAUGUGUCAUGUAAUAUAUGUACUUCAGUUAUGUUUCACUUCUGCUGUCAUCUGCUGUGUCAAGCAUCUUGCUUUCA